UCCAUUACGACACCAUGCAAAUCUCCCAACCAACACCCAACAAAUCUCACUACCAACACCUUGUCUUCUUAAUUUGGUGUCUUUAUCUAGCUUCAGCUACUGCUUCAAUACCAUUACAAUCAGAAGCAAAAGCACUCCUGAUAUGGAAAUCCACCCUCCAAAGCAAUUCUCUCCUCCAUUCAUGGUUGCUCCCCAAUGCUACUUCUGGCAGCACCAAAAGUCCAUGCAAGUGGAUUGGCAUUGAAUGUGACGAUAUCAGCGGAAGUGUAACCGGUAUAAACCUCCCUAAUGCUGGUUUGCAUGGCACGCUCAACAAUCUUCGCUUCUCUUCCUUUCCAAACCUCACCUAUCUCAACCUCAGCAGUAACAAACUCCAUGGGCACAUCCCGUCACAAGUCGGUACUCUUUCUAAACUCAGCUACCUUGAUCUGUCUCUGAAUCAUCUAUCUGGUGUCUUGCCACUUUCGCUGGCCAAUCUCACUCUAAUUCUUGAGCUCAACAUCUCUUGCAAUGCAAUAACCGGCGAAAUACAUCCAUGUUUCUUCACCAAUUGGACCAAACUAACGUAUCUUGGGCUCGAAACCAAUCAACUCACUGGAAAAAUCCCAUCUGAAAUCAGCCUGCUUACGAAUCUCCGUUACUUGUGCCUCUAUGAUAAUAAUAUAGGCGGUCUGAUACCUCCAGAGAUAGGAAAUCUGCAGAAAUUAGUUAAACUCGAUAUAGCAACAAACAAUCUUACGGGUCCCAUUCCACCAUCUUUCGGUAAUUUGAUCAGCUUAAGCUUAUUGUGGCUAGAUGGGAAUAAAAUUUCUGGUUCAAUUCCUCUAGAAAUUGGAAAUCUUACAAAUCUAAUAGAAAUGAGUAUAUCCAAAAACCUUGUAACAGGUUCCAUUCCUUCCACUUUCCGGAACUUGACUCAGCUUACCAUGUUGCACCUAUGGAAAAAUUACAUUUAUGGCCCCAUCCCUCAAGAAUUAGGAAACUUGAAAAAACUGGCUAAACUGGCCUUGUCGGAAAAUAUUCUAACAGGUUCCAUCCCUUCCACUUUUGGGAACUUGACUCAGCUUACCAUCUUGUACCUAUGGAAAAAUUACAUUAAUGGCCCCAUCCCUCAAGAAAUAGGAAACUUGAAAAAACUGGGUCAACUGGACAUGUCGGAAAACAUUCUAACAGGUUCCAUCCCUUCCACUUUUGGGAACUUGACUCAGCUUACCAGCUUGCAACUGUUCCAAAAUCACAUUUCUGGCACCAUCCCUCAAGAAUUAGGAAAUCUGAAAAAACUGGAUGACAUAGACUUGUCAGAAAACAUUCUAACAGAUUCCAUCCCUUCGGCUUUAGGCAACUUGACUCAGCUUACCAGAUUAGAACUGUUCGAAAAUCAGAUUUCUGGCCCCAUCCCUCAAGAAUUGGGAAAUCUGAAAGAUCUGGAAGUUCUGCGUCUUGAAAUCAACAAUCUCACAGGUCGGAUACCUCCGUCUUUGUGUAAACUGACAAAGCUGAGAUCUCUUUUCCUAUUCGACAAUCAGUUAUUUGGUCCGGUGCCUCAAGAAAUAACCAAUCUGACAAAUCUCUCUCACCUAAACUUGGGUAAAAACCACUUCUCUGGCUACUUCCCACGAGAUAUGUGCAGAGGAGGAUCGCUGACACACUUAACUGCGACAGACAAUCAUUUACAAGGUCCCAUUAUGAAAAUCUUGAGAAAUUGCUCUAGCCUGACCCAUGUUUUUCUCGAUGGAAACCAGCUCACGGGGAAUAUAUCUGAAGUUUUUAACAUUAACCCAAACCUCACGUCUAUUAGUCUGAGCUACAACAAAUUGCAUGGUCAGAUCUCCUCAAACUUGGGUGAAUGCUGGAAUUUGCUGAUUCUGCGUAUCUCUGGGAACAAGAUUGUUGGCAGGAUACCGCCUGAAUUUGGAAAUCUGAAUCGGAUUCAAGAACUCGAUCUUUCCUCAAACAAUCUUGUUGGAGAAAUUCCAAUGGAAUUUGCUAGGUUGACUUCAUUAAUCAAGUUCGACUUACAUGAUAACCAGCUAUCCGGUCAGAUACCACUGGAGAUUGGAAAAUUGUCCAACAUGGAUAAACUUGAUUUAUCAGCAAACAGCCUCACUGGACCAAUACCGCAACAGCUAGGGGAUUGCUCCAAGCUGUGGUUCCUGAAACUGAGCAAAAAUCAAUUGAAUGGAAGAAUUCCAUAUCAGAUUGGUAAUCUAGUACAGCUGCAGGUUUUACUAGAUCUUAGUCAUAACUCACUUAGUGGAGAGAUACCGUCACAGCUUGGAAAACUGCAGAAGCUGGAAAACCUGAAUCUCUCCCACAAUAAUCUCUCAGGACUCAUUCCAUCCUCUUUCAAUGAUAUGCUCAGUUUGUCAUGUGUUAAUCUGUCAUUCAACAACUUGGUGGGCCCUGUUCCUAAAAGCAGAACAUUCCAAAAGGCAUCGGCAUGCACGGAUGCCUUCAUAAGAAAUAAAGGUUUAUGUGGUGAAGUACAAGGUUUGGCACCAUGCAAUUCCUCUCUGAUGAAAAGUCGGGGUGCAACAAACAGUCACAAAGUUGUCAUCUUCAUUGUUGUUCCUCUUUUGGGCAUGUUAUUUCUUUCAUCUGCAUUUGUCAGCAUCUUUUUCACCUUUCGGCGAAGAGAAAGAAGUGUAGAGAAAGAGGGAAGAGAAAUGGCCCGUCGAGAUCUCUUUUCGGUAUGGAACUAUGAUGGAAGGAUUGCAUACGAAGACAUCAUUGAUGCAACAAACCAUUUCAAUGAUGAAUAUUGCAUUGGGAUGGGAGGAAGCGCGAGAGUCUACAAAGCAGAGUUAUCAACUGAUCAGGUAGUAGCAGUAAAGAAGAUUCAGCUGACGGAAGGGAACGAGCUGACUGCUGAAUUGAACUUCAGGAAUGAGAUAAGAGCAUUAACAGAAAUUCGGCACCGUAAUAUAGUGAGGUUCUAUGGGUUUUGUUCCCAUUCUCAAUGCAUGUUUUUGGUGUAUGAGUACAUGGAUAGGGGAAGCUUGGCUAGCAUCCUAAGGAAUGAGGAAGGGGCUAGAGAAUUGGAGUGGGCUAAAAGGGUCGAAGUUAUCAAAGGAAUAUCACAUGCUCUAUCAUACAUGCACCAUGACUGCACCCCUCCAAUGGUACAUCGCGACCUUUCGAGUAACAAUGUUUUGUUGGAUUUGGAAUAUGAAGCCUGUGUUUCUGACUUCGGCACUGCCAGAUUUUUGAAGCCUGAUUCAUCUAAUUGGACGACACCCGUUGGCACCUACGGAUAUGUUGCUCCAGAGCUUGCAUACACAAUGGCGAUGACGGAAAAGUGCGAUGUAUACAGCUUUGGAGUGGUAGCUUUAGAAGUGAUUAUGGGAAGGCAUCCUGGGGAACUCAUCUCCUCUUUAUCAUCAUCAGGUGGUGAAAAUAUACUUCUGAAGGAUGUGUUAGACCAACGUCUCUCACCUCCAACUGUUAGAGUCGAAAUGGAAGUGAUUUUGAUAGUAAUGGUGGCACUCGCAUGCUUACAUUCCAGCCCACAACAUCGUCCGACCAUGCAGCGUGUUUCCCAUGAGCUGUCUGCCUGCAAGAAACAUUUGCCAGAGCCUUCCCACGCUAUUACAUUGUAUCAAUUGAUGGAUCUCAAAAUAUGAAAAGCAUGUUUAUUGUGUAGGGUUCAGUUUCUUUACAAAGUCCAGCAAGUGGGCCACAUGGUUCGUAGUUACUUUCUUAGUUUAUGCAGAUAUUUACCCAUCAUGUACAUUCAUCAUCUUCUAUAGAAACCUUCUUUCUUGACAAUCCGAAAGGGCUGGGUGGAUAUCAAAAUAUGAAAGGCAUGUUUAUUGUAUUGGGUUCAGUUUCUUUACAAGUCAAGCCAUGGUCCACAUGGUCAAGUUCUUUCCUAGCUUAUGCAGAUAUUUACCCAUCAUGUACAUUCAUCAUCUUCUAUAGUAAGUUUCUUUCUUGACGAA